ACUGCAGUCCACAGGUUGAAUUCUGCUCUCUGUCGGCAUCAGCAAGGGGGCACAUCUUCUCUGCUGGAUGAAGAGCAGCAAGCAGAGUCUCUUCCUCCCUGGCUUUCAGACAAAGGGAUAAUGGCUCCUCUUAUAGCAGAGUAUGAUCGACACAUGGACGAAAUGACCAAGCAGCUUCAGAACUAUCAGGAGAUGAUGACAGACGUGAGAGCAAAGCUGGAAAAGGUUGUGGAGGAAAAUGAAAGGUUGCACACAGAGCUGAGGGAGUCAGUGGAGAAGCAACUCCACACCCUGCCUGUCGCUUCAGUGGUAGAGGGCAGCACAGUAGAAGAUGCUGUCAUCAUUAAAAACCUGCAGGAACAAGUUCAGCUUUCUGAGCAGGAGCGGACGCAGGCCAUGGAGCUGUGUCAAACGACGGCCCAGGAGCUGGACCGCCUACAGCAGGUCUACCAGAGGACCAUCUCUGACAAGCAGCUUCACGAUACUCAAAGGCAGCAGCUCAAGGAUCAGCUCGUUCAGUUCCAGCAGCACUCUUACAAACUCCAAGCGACCAAUCAGAAAUUGGAAUCGACGAACCAGCAUCUCCUGAAGACGGUCAUAGAGCAGAGCUCAGAAAUGGAGGAGCUGCACUGCCAACUCAGGCAGUCCAACAUUGAACUCAAGACAGCCACAGCCAAAGUGGAUGAGAUGACCAAAGUCAUACAGAAUCUCAAGGAGCAAUUGCAAAGAAGAGAGGAAGACAUAACUGUAGCUAAGGACAGGGAGGACAGCGCAGACAGGCGACUCCAGCAGCUUCAAACAACCCUGAGCCAACUGGAAACCCGGCUAAAGGCUGCAUCUCUGGAGGCUGAGGCAGUUCACAGAGAGCAAGCUGUGUGGGAGAGAAAGGUGGGGGAACUCCAGGCUCUUUGCACCACCCUAGAAGAGGAGAAGUUCGAGGCUCAUUGCAAAGUCAGGGAGAAUGUUCAAAUGGCUGAAGAGGCUGUUUUACAGAAGGAGCAGUCCCUUUUAAGAGAAAAACAGAAGACAGAGGAACUAGAAAAGACAAAGCAGGCCAUCAAACACUUGAUCCAGGAGGCUGCAGUCCGAACCAGGAAGGAGGUGGAAAACGUGCGCAAGCAGUGCAACAUCCAAAUUGAUCAUAUGGCAGAGAAGCUGUCUGCACUGCAGUUGGAGUGCACAGAUAAAGAGUCUCAGAUUCAAAGAUCUUUGCGUGAGAGAAAAGCUGUAGAAGAAGAACUAGAGAAGGUGUAUAAGGAAGGCAAACCAGAGCCAGAGUUUUGGAAAAUUGAGGCCCUACAUCAGAGGUGUCUAAAUGCAGAGAGGUUGAAGGACGACAUAAAUCUCACUCUCCAAAGCACUCAGAAUAAGCUGAAAAAGAUGGAGAUGGACUAUAACGAGGAACUGUCUUGGUCCCAGGAAGAGGUACGGCGACUGCAGGGCUUACUAGCUGCAGCUCGGAGUGACUGCAUUGGUGUCAGCGAGGAGCGGCUUCAGCUGCAGCAGGAGAACAUACAGCUGCACAAGGAAAUGAAUGAGCUGCGCAAGGCUAGCAUACAGAUACAAAGGGAGGCAAAGCAGAAGGUUUCACAGAUGGAGCAAGCAUGCAGCCUCAAAGAGCGGGGACUUGACGCGCGGAUGAGGGAACUUGAGGAAAGGAGCCGAAACUCUACUGCUGAUCUGACACGCCUCCUUGCAGCGGCACAGAAAAGCACUCAGCAAUGGAAGGAAGAGGCAAAGAACCUAGUUCAGACCUUUGAAACUAAAAUCACAGCUCUCAAGGCAGAACUGAAACGGCAGAAACAGCGUUCGCGUGAGUUAGAGAUUCAGCUCGAAACGGACCGUAACACAAUAUCUGAGUAUGAGAAACAGCUUGGUGAAUAUCAAGAAAAGACGAGUCGUCUCCAGAGAAGACUGACACAAACUGAACAGAAGGCAUCUACAGCUUCCCAUCAGCUGAGCCUGCUGGCAUCUGAGCGCAGGAAACCUUACACUGUGGUUUCAGGAGAUCUAUGACUGGAUUGGGCAGGGGGCUGUGGCGAUUGGAGUCUUUGAACAGUUUUGUUUUUGUUACUUUUUUAUAUGUAUUUGAAUAAAAAGUGGUAAAAGCUG